AUGUGGCUGCUGAGCUCGCUGCUGCUGCUGCCCGCGCUGCUGCGGGAGGCGCUCGCCUACACCGCCCUCUCCGACGCGAGUCUGCGCUCCAUCCCCGAGCCCGGCGACGACUUCGACAUCCACACAGGAAAGCUCCUGUCGCCCAUCCUCAUCCCCCGUGUCCCCGGCACCGACGGUUCCCAGAAGGUCCUCUCGCACUUCGCCGACUUCUUCACCCAGAACCUGCCCAAAUGGAACAUCUCCUUCCAGAACUCGACAAGCGUUACUCCAACCUCGGGAGGGAAGCAGGUCCCCUUCGUCAAUCUCAUAGCUACGCGUGAUCCGCCGUGGACGCAAGGAGACGGCGACGUUGGAAGACUAGCACUGGUCGCGCACUACGAUUCCAAACUCACCCCCAAUGGCUUCAUUGGUGCGACCGACUCCGCUGCUCCAUGCGCCAUGUUACUGCACGCUGCUAGGAGCUUGGAUGAGGCAUUGACCAAGAAGUGGGCGGCAAUGGAGGCAGAAGGGAUCGCUGGUGAUGACCUUCUGGAGAGCCAUCAGGGUAUACAAAUACUCCUGCUGGACGGUGAAGAGGCCUUCCACACGUGGACGCACGACGACUCGUUGUAUGGCGCUAGGUCGUUGGCAGAGGAAUGGGAGGGGGCAGCAUAUGCGGGCUGGAGCUCCUACCGUUCACCUCUCUCCACUAUCGAAUUGUUCGUUCUGUUGGAUCUGCUUGGUGCCAAAGACCCAACCGUACCGUCGUACUUCAAGACUACGCACUGGGCAUAUCAGAAGAUGGCUGAUGCCGAAAGGCGACUUCGCGAAGCCCACCGAUUCAGGAGCUCGCCAAACCACCCGUCAAAGCGUAAGCCUGGCGCUCAGGUUCGAGAUGAGCCAAUGUUUCUGUCCGAAGGCAGCAAGAAAGACACCGAUCGCUGGGUGGGAGGCUAUGUGGAGGACGACCACGUUCCCUUCAUGGAACGCGGAGUAGAGACUCUUCACAUCAUUACGUCCCCAUUCCCAAGCGUGUGGCAUACUAUCAAUGACGACGGCGAGCAUCUGGACAUGGACACGGUCAAUGAUUGGACGUUGUUGACCAUUGUCUUUGCCGCUGAAUGGAUGGAAUUAGAGGGAUUCUUCACCCAGGACACCACCGCCCACUUGAAAGCUAGAAAACUUGGAGAAGAAGAGAAAAGCGAAUUGUGAGUCUACUUCACUUCGCCUUCCUUUGUCCAUCUACCAAAACUUGUGUACUAAUACCUCCUAGUCUUUACGAGAUACCCUGA